CUUCGUUUUCAAAGUCCCAAAUCACAAGCACCGCCCAUGGCCACCACGGAGACCUCAUCGAGGAUGACCAGCUCCUCCCCGUCACGCGUUCACCAUCACCACCACCACCACCUGUUGCUGUGUCCUCGCCACCACCAUCUCUACCAUCACCACAACCUCCACCGCCAUCACGGCAACAGCUGUGACUUUCGCUGCCAUUGGCACCCUGCUUCUUUCAUUUCUCCUCCUCCUCUUCCCAACGUCGCUACUCGAAACGACGCAGAAGCUGCGCCUUGCGUUGCAUCGCCGGCAGAGCUGAAUCCCCUAGAGGCCGACUCUUCCCAUCAGAUGUUAGAGCAGCAGGACUAUCAGCAGCAAGAGGAGGUCUUUGAGGACGACGAGGAGGAAGAGCCUGUAUUUGUUUUGACUGAUGAAUGGAGGGAGUUCUUCGCGAGGUCCGAAGCAAAGAGGAAGUUAGGUAGUGUUGCUAAGAAGAAAGCUAAGAAGUGAAUGGGACUUCUGUCUUCACAUCCACCUCUCUGGAUCUCCACGUUCCUGUCGGAACUUGUAUCAGUGACAAUCCACGAACCUGAAUUAUAUUCACCUGGAGUUACCGAGUAAUUCCAAUGAUUCGGGUC